AUGUCUUCCACAGAGCCAGAAGUCAAGCGUACGCGCUUCCAACGCUUUAAGCACGCUUUUAGCUCACCCUCGGCUUUCCACCAAUCUCUCAUUCUGAGCAGCUCGACAUCAAUUCUAAUCAACGAGGAUCUUGCACCAUCGCCACCUAUCCGGCAGCGAUGGACUAUCUGGAGUUACUUUGCCUACUGGUGGUCUGAAAGCUGGAAUGUCAGUACGUGGUCGGUCGGAGCCGCCUUCAUCACCCUAGGCGCAUCAAUACGAGACGCCUUGCUGGUCGUCUUCUUCGCAAAUCUACUUUCCGCCGUGAUCAUCGUCCUCAAUGGACGUGCGGCAGCAAGGCACCACAUUGGAUAUCCUGUGUUGUCUCGUUCAAGUUUCGGCAUCUAUGGGCAGUACUUUGUUGUCAUCCUCAGAAGUCUGCUUGGAAUUAUCUGGGGUGGUGUGCAAUUGUACUUUGAAGGUCAGUUCAUUAGCAUCUGUUUGAGAUGCAUUUUCCCCGGCUGGUCCAAGAUCAAGAACACGAUUCCAUUGUCGCAACACAUCACCACGCAGGAGAUGAUCGGCUUCUUCUUGGCCUUCUGCUUCACCAUUCCCUUCCUCUUCAUCCAUACCUCCAAGAUCACCACUUUCAUUUGGGCAACGAACAAGAACGGCGGCGUCUCUUCAGGAAACUUGCAAGCAUCAUCGUCUUAUUCUUCGACCACUGUCCUGGCAUGGGGUAUCGUCGCACAAUUUAAUGCUGUCAUGGGCGCCAACUCGGCACUCCUUGUCACGGUGCCCGACCUGGCGAGAUACUCCAAGACAAAGAAUGCUCAGCUCUGGGGCCAGCUGAUAUCACUCCCCAUUGGGCAGACACUUUGUGCUGCGUUUGGCAUUAUUUCGACCUCUGCUGUGCUGAACAUGUACGGGGAAGCAUACUGGAACCCAUACGCUCUGCUGAACGGCAUCCUUGACCAAGGCUAUUCCUCCUCAGCUCGAGCUGGCGUUUUCUUUGCAUCAGCAAGCUUCGCCUUCGCCACUCUCGGAACGUCCAUUGCUUGCAAUUUCAUCCCCUUCGGCGCGGACAUGACUUGUCUGGCACCCAGAUACAUCAACAUCAUCCGUGGCCAGCUGCUCAUGUUGUUGAUCGCGUUUGCGAUCGUUCCAUGGCGCAUCGUGGCGACAGCAAACGGCUUUCUCAACUUCCUGGGAGGCUAUAGCAUCUUUCAAGGACCCGUAGUCGCAAUCAUGCUCGUCGACUACUUCAUCAUCCGUCGCGGAAAUAUCGAAUUGGAAGACCUCUAUACUCGAUCGCGACUCGGGCGGUACUGGUUCUUCAACGGCUUCAAUGUCCGAGCAUUCGUUGCCUUUGUCAUUGGGUUCAUACUGCCCUUGCCAGGCUUCGCCGGCACAUUCGGACACAACGUUGGCGAUGCCGCCGAUCACAUGUUCGCGCUUGGCUGGGUCCUGAGCUUCCUGAUGGGUGGUCUGACUUACUGGGUGGCAUGCAUGAUUUUCAAAAUCCCUGGAGACGAUCGCGAGCACUCUUGGGAGAGCAAGGUCGGGCCGGCUCAGACGAUCAUCAAUGAUGGCCUGCACAUCGAAGGUCGUCGGCCGUUCCACGACAAGGAUUCGGAUAUGUCUCAGGGUAAUUCUGAAUCAGUGAGGGAGUCGAAGGGUGUGGGCAACGCGGUAUAG